AUGCCCGCCGUGAUCGACCACACCACGUUCCCGCAUCUCAUCGGCGCCAUCUUCGCAUCAGCCCAGCCCGCCUCACUCGUGGUCUUGCGGUGCGCAUGCCGCAGCUUCAAGGCCCGGGCCGACGCGCUCCUCCUCCUCGCUCCUGUUGAGAUCGCGCGCCGCGGCUGGAAGAAGGGCGGUGUCGGCGUGCGAUGUACCACGACGGGGGAGUGGAUCCCUCUUGCGCGGGUGGACAUACUCACGGCUGACCUCCAACACGAUGCGCCCCGUUCGCUCGACGGCUUCACCUCGCUGCGUACCUUGCGCCGUGUCGGCUCGGCAGUGACGGACUCGUCCCUUGACCCCGUUCCCGGCGUACGCACCCUCGUCGACUUCUACGACUUGCACGCGCUUCCGCAGUCGGACCCCGAAGGCUAUUCAAAGCUUUUGCUCCCCUUUUCCAGCUUGGAGCGGUACGUCGUCCACUUGCGGGCCGACAAGGACUCGAUGAGCCGCGGCCGCAUGUCAGACAUGGGGACACUUCUCAGGCCCCAUGACCUCGUGGUCGUUCUUCAUGCCCCCCAGCACGCAACGCGGCAGGCCCUCCACACCAUCCUGGACGCAACAUAUGUGUUUAGGAAGCGAUCCGAGUUUCGGUCUCCAUUCGGUCGUCCGCGGCUCACGGUCGUGGGAUUUGCCGACCUCGAACGCCAGCUCGAUGCGAGACAGCCCUCGUCCGCGUCAGAGGAGGAAGAAGAUCUCGUCUCGCUGGUGAGUUACUUCAGAGAGUGGAGGCAGCUGGUGGAGGACUUCCCAACUUGCCCUGGGUUCUACCAGCCGGUGCGGUUCGUCUCCAUGGCCCAGUGGCUCGACGAGCUGGGCGAUGACCGCCGCGGCAUCGAGGGCGUCUGGGUGGGUCCUGGGGCGCGCGUGGGUGCGCGGUCGGGGGGCAUGCGGAGCUGGAUGUCGUGGCGGCCGUGGUGA